AUGUCUUUCAACUGGGUGCACAAAAUGCCUGAGAUCAUAGGGAAGUUAAUGAAACCCGAUGGGUCAGUUACUACCGAGUUGGAGAAGCAAGUUUCACAAGCCCUGGUUGAUUUGGAAAGCAGUGCUGACAUCAAAGCUCAACUCCGUGAACUUUAUAUUGUUGGAGUUCGGGAAAUUGAAAUCGGAAACAAAUCAGUUAUUGUUGUAUAUGUUCCCGUCCCACAAUUGAAACAGUUCCACAAGGUGCAAGUGCGACUUGUUCGUGAGUUGGAGAAGAAGUUUGGAGGAAAACAUGUACUUUUCCUAGCUAAGCGCCGUAUCCUACCUAAGCCCCUGCGUGGAUCCAAAAAGGUUCCAAUGAAGCAGAAGAGGCCGCGUUCGCGUACCCUCACUGCAGUUCACGAGGCGUGGCUUGAUGAAAUGGUCUUCCCCGCUGAGGUUGUUGGAAAGCGUACGCGUGUCAAGCUCGACGGCAAAAAGCUUUUGAAGGUUCACCUUGAUAAGGCCCAGCAAACGAACGUUGAGCACAAGGUUGAUACGUUUGUGUCCGUGUAUAGGAAGCUGACAGGCAAGGAAGUAGCGUUCGAGUUUCCUGAUCCGAUCUUCUGA